GCUCAGCAGCAAGAGGCUCUAGAAAAUCGAGUGGACGUGUUGAUAUCUCACCUGGCAGCCUGCGAAGGCUUCCAGCAAAUGCCGGCUGAUGAAGAGCCCCAAGGUCGGCGGGAGGCACAGAUCUACACAGGCUCUUCCAUUCAAUCUGCUGCAGCAGCAGCAGCAGCAGCAUCUAAAGGAGCCUUUGUUGCCCAAGCUGAGCAGUGGAUCCGGUGCAGUUUGUCCAUGUCCAGCAGUGACACAUCUGCUGCUCAGCUCCAGGAGAGCCAGGGAGACUUCGUGGAGCAACUGAGGAGAAUGGUGAACAAGGAAAAUCCCAUCACAAAAUACAUUGAACUGGAAAGUCUUGGCAGCGGGGGUUUUGGAGAGGUUUCCAGAGCACUUGACAUUGCAACAGGAGGAGAGGUGGCCAUAAAGAAAAUAAAUGUGCAAGGAAUGAAUAGGAAGAUACUAACCAUGAAUGAAAUCAGGAUCAUGGAGAGUAAUAGGAGUCCCAGGAUCGUGAAUUACUUAGCCAGGUGAGUGGUCGCGGUCCUAUCCCUUGAAUGUUUGUUUACAUACUACAAGCAUGAGAGCUUAAAAACCCACUUUGGUCAGUGGCAGGAAAUAGAGCUGU